GGCAACGAAGCGCGUCACGUGCUCCUAGCCAUCCCCGCGCGCCCUCUCCUAGCCACUCUGUUCUCCGCACAAGGUUCUCGCGACUGAGUCGAGAGCAAAUGCAACGAGUGUCGAAUUAUUCCAUUAUCGUUAGAUUUUUUUGUGUGUGUUUGUCUGUGUUUGUAGUGGUCGGUGAUGACGGAUCCGGGCUCAAGACUCAGCGACUUUUUCCUGGAUAUAAAAAUGCGCUAGAAACUGGAGGAUGUUCUCGAGACGGGAAGAACGGAACUGUCCUUUUGCGCCCCGGUCACCGUCGCGCGAGGGGUAGCGGGCUUACACUUGUUACCUGAAUCGCUGUGCUCCGUGUAAGUGUGCGAUCUUGCCCAACGUCUUCAACCAUAGAAACCUGACAGAAACAAGACGCUUCACAGGAAGCUGUUUAUGGCGUAAGGCGCGAUGUUUCUGAGACGUGUCAUCGCGACGAUAAGGCGCUGAAAAAAACGUGGCUGCGUGGAGACCGUGGGGACGCCUGAAGAGUUGGAGCUGCCCUUGCUUGGUGUUGCUCUGAAUAAGGGAAGUGUUUUGUUAUCGAUUUAAGAAUCGGGUCAGGGUACAGAGCUUGCUGCGCGCACAAGGAGACAUGGAUAAACUGAAACAACCGCUUGUGGAUUUAUUACCAGUGGAAGUAUUAAUAAUCGUCUGAGGUGCGCGAUUGCUCGGGGGAGUUGGUGGCUCGGGAGGAUAGAGGUUGUGUUUGUGAAAUGCGCACACGACGACCCACCGACUCAAUCUCGCCCAGGCUCCUCUGGCCGCGACGCACAGAAACCUAACGGUGACCGGGGAAGCCACGGCGGUGCGCUGUCAUGCUCCGGCAAAUGCUUUUGAAUUCCACUGCGGCGGCAGGAGACUUGGACCUGAUAACCCAGACGCACGCACCGGCACCACUUAAUGUCUCUCACGGGCCCGUUAGCGUGUCAGCGCUCCUGAAGCCCACGGGUCGCGGCAGCGGGCUGCGCGAGGGGGAACUGAACAAGCCGGACUUGGCGACAUACGUGGUGAUGUGCCUCGUGCUGUUUCUGUUAGUGCUGCUGAUUGUGUUUUUCAUCAACUGUCAACUUCGAAACUCUUUCUUUGCCUCCAUGCCUUACGACCGGUCACUGCGCGAGGCCCGGAGCUCUUACAAAUGAGAUGGAGCACGCGAUGAUGUGGGCACGCGGAACAAUGCCCCUUAAUGCGGUGAAAAUUGGCUUGCGUUUAGUCCGCGAGCUGGUGCGCGCCGCGUGGAGGGCUGAACGGCGACAGAAGCCAAGGGGCUCUGACUGCCGCGCUUCUUGCCUAAGUGAUUCUAUCAAAAAUAAUAAACAUUUUGUAUGAAUACACCGCAAUGUUAGACUAUUUCUCUUCGUGAAUUUUCUCUCAUGUCGUGUGCAGAAUGUAAUACAGUUUAUUUUCUUGUAUGUUGUAAAUCCAUCAUUAAAUCUUAUAUUCACCAGCA